AAAUUAUUUACAGAAUUGAUUACGUACUUUAGCAUUCAUUUUUAAAAACUAGUAUUAUCAACCACCAUGAAAAUAAUUUAUAAGAAAAAAAGGCCAUGUAAAGUCGUCAUCUCCAUGCGACAGCCGUCGUCUUUUUCCGGAAGUAACAACAGCAGAGGCAGAUAGAGACAAAAACAUGUCAGGCUGUUUUUACUUUGUCAUGGUUGGUCAUCAUGACAACCCGGUAUUUGAGAUGGAGUUCUUACCAUCCGGGAAGCCUGAAUGCAAGGAUGACCACCGUCAUUUAAACCAAUUUAUUGCACAUGCAGCCCUGGAUUUGGUGGAUGAAAACAUGUGGCUGUCUAACAACAUGUACUUAAAAACUGUGGACAAGUUCAACGAGUGGUUUGUGUCUGCUUUUGUCACUGCAGGACAUAUAAGAUUCAUCAUGCUUCAUGAUGUGCGACAAGAAGAUGGAAUCAAGAACUUUUUUAAUGAUGUGUAUGAUUUAUACAUUAAGUUUGCAAUGAAUCCAUUCUAUGAGACCAAUGCACCAAUCCGCUCAACUGCAUUUGAGAGGAAAGUGCAGUUUCUUGGAAAGAAACAUCUUCUUAAUUAAGUGAGUCACGUGCACAGUAUUUUCAGUGCAACAUGUUUAUUAAUGCAAUGUUGCUGUCUGGAUUGUGCAUUCUUUUUUAGUGUCUUGUGACUCAUGUCCAUAAAGCAUUUUUGUGACUGCA